AUGAUCAACUUGGACAAAAAAUCUGGAUUAGGUAAGGAAUCGCUUAUAAAAAUGGAACAAAUAGAUUCUAAACAUGCUCAGGAACAAGGAGAGAAAAAACAAGAAGCAAAUGAAAACAUUUCCUUAGGAAAAGCUUCUAGAUUGAACAAUCAGUUUUCAACGUCAAUUGAACACUAUACGAAAGCUUUGGAAAUUGCAACGGAGCAUGAAUAUAAACAACAGGAAACAGAGGCUUUAGUUGGGUUAGGACAUGCGCACAGAGGGAACAAUCAGUUUCAAACUGGAAUUGAACACUAUGAGAAAGCUUUGGAAAUUGCAAAAGAGCAUGAAUAUAGAGAACAGGAAACAGAGGCAUUAGUUGGGUUAGGAGAUGCGUAUAGAGAAAGCAAUCAGUUUCAAAAGGCAAUUGAACAAUAUGAGAAAGCUUUGAAAAUUGGAAAAAAGCGUGAAUUUGAGGAUCAAUACAAAGAAACACAGGUAUUGCUUGGGUUGGGAGAUGCAUAUAGCGGGAACGAUCAGUUUCGAACGGCAACUGAACAGUAUGAGAAAGCGUUGGGAAUUACAAAGGAGUAUGGAUAUAAGCAAGUGGAAACAGUGGCAUUAAUUAGGUUAGGAGGCGUGUGCAGAGGGAACAAUCAGUUUGAAACAGCAAUUAAAUACUAUGACAAAGCUUUGGAAUUUACAAAGGAGUAUGAAUAUAAACAUCUGGAAACACUGGCAUUAGUUGGGCUAGGAUGUGCGUAUAGAAGGAACAAUCAGUUUGAAACAGCGAUUGAACACUAUACGAAUGCUGUGGAAAUUGCAAGGCUACAUGAAUAUAAACAACAGGAAACAGAGGCAUUAGUUGAAUUAGGAGAUACGUAUAGAGUUCAGAAUUUGUUUCAAGAGGCUAUUGAACACUAUAAGAAAGCAUUAGAAAUUGCAAAGGAGCAUGAGUAUAAACAACAGGAAACGGAGGCAUUUGUUGGUUUAGGAGAUGCGUAUAGAAUGAGCUAUCAGUUUCAAAUGGCAAUUGAACACUAUGAGAAGGCUUUGCAAAUUGCAAGGCCACAUGAAUAUAAACAACGGGAAACAGAGGCAUUAGUUGGAUUAGGAGAUACGUAUAGAGUUAAGAAUCAGUUUCAAACGGCGAUUGAACAUUAUAAGAAAGCUUUGAAAAUUGCAAAGGAGCAUGGGUAUAAUCAACAGGAAAGGCAGGCAUUAGUUUGGUUAGGACAUGCUUAUAGAGAAAACAAUCAGUUUCAAAUGGCAAUUAAACACUAUGAGAAAGCUUUGGAAAUUGCUAAGAAGCAUGAACCGCAAGAUAAAUACCAAGAAACACAGGUAUUACUUGGGUUAGGAGAUGCGUAUGAUGGGAACAAUCAGCUUCACAAGGCUAUUGAACACUAUGAGAAUGCUUUGGGAAUUGCAAAGGAGCAUGAAUAUAAACAACUGGAAGCAGAGGCAUUUGUUCAGUUAGGAGAUGCCUAUAGAGAGAACGAUCAGUUUCAAAUGGCAAUUGAACACUAUGAAAAAGCUUUGGAAAUUGCAAUGCGGCAUGAAUAUAGACAACAGGAAGCAGAGGGAUUAAUUGGGUUAGGAGAUGCAUAUAUAGUGAACAAUCAGUUUGAAACGGCUGUUGAAUACUAUGAGAAAGGUUUGAGAAUCGUAAAGAAGCAUGAAGACAAACAACAGGAAGCAGACGUAUUAGUUCAGUUAGGGGAUGCUUAUCGAGCGAAUAAUAAAUUUCAAGCAGCAGUUGAACACUAUAAUAAAGCUUUGCAAAUUGGAAAGGAGCAUGGAUAUAAGCGACAGGAGAGACGGGCAUUAUCUGGGUUAGGGGAGGCUUUUAGAGAGAACAAUCAGUUUCAAACGGUAACUGAACGCUUUAAAGAAGGCUUAGACGGUGCAAAAUAUACACAAACUGAAAAACAAGCGUCCGAAAUUGCAGAGGGAGCAGGAGAUAGAAAUGAUGAAACGACGGCAGAAAAUACGAUGAAAGAAAUGUCAAAGAUUAUCGGUAAGGUAUAGCAUCCUUGUCCGUUGCUUUCUUCAGGGACGUGCUGGCUAGGGACGAGACGAAGAGUACUCGUUGUGGCCACUACCAUAAUGGACCACUAAAAUGAAAACAUUGGGUAAGAUAAAAAAUAUAGAUUUUAAAGUUCAAAAUCAAGAUUAAGAUAUUACAAUUUACAUUGUAAAAAUAAAAAUUUACGAAAAGAUUACUGAAAAAUUUUUGUAUGUGGGAGGAAAAAAAUACGAUAUGUCCGAAAAACAUUUUUUGGAUUUCAGAAAAAAUUGCGAUAUGUCAGGAAUUUUUUUUUUGUAUUGUAUGAAAAAUUAACAUAUGUCCGGAAAAAUUUUUGAAUGUCCGAAAAAAAUUGGCGACCUCGACCCCACACCCCCACCCCCACAUCACUCGCCAAGAAUGUUUGGAAAAAGUAUUAAUAUUGUGCCAUCGCCUGUGUCCCUUCACACGUUGCUCAUUCGUUCUCCUUUUUAAUUAAGAAGCCAGCACAGCACGUCCCUGGCUUUCUCAGAGUCUCUCGGGUUAUAUUUUGUUGUGAUAUAUCUGUUUUGUUGUGAUAUAUCUAUUUUGUUGUGAUAUAUCUAUUUUGUUGUGAUAUAUCUAUUUUGUUGUGAUUUAUUUGGGUGUUCUUUCUGAUAAAAUACUCUCACCACGCGCAGGCGUUGUUUAUAAAUCUGGAUAAUUUCCGUAAUGUAAGCAACCUUAUCUUCAGCUUUCCAUCGCCAGUUUAGAUAAAGAUAUUUAAAGUGUGAUAAUCAAGUAUUUAAAGUUCAUCAGGAACAUUGCAUUGGCUUUAAUUUAUUCAGAAAAUUAUAGUCAGUGAAUUUCAUAAUCUGGUUGCCUUAGCCAUAAUACUGUAUAUCAAAAAAGUAAUUCUGAGCAUUAUGUUAUGUUUUCGUCUGAGUUUAUGCUAAUUUGUGCACGGUCACGGUGAUUAAACUCAUUUUUUGUAGUUGUCCAACAUGGUGAAACAUGCUACUAUGAUGAAUAAUAUUUAAUGAUGCAUAAUAUUUAAUUUAAUGAAGUAGAGACAAAGGAUUUGUACACGAUGAGAUACAUUUCAACAUCAAACAAAGACUUUCUUUAUAAGUAGCAGUUGUAUUCCGCGUACUAUGGAUAAUUGUAUUUUUAACCUUUACAUGUAGAUACACAUAAUGAAAGCAAUCAAAAUCUUCAAACAUCUAAUACGUCAGAUGUUCCUCAAGUGCUGAACAUUCAUUGUGAGAAUGGUAAUAAUAGUGACCACAAACACAUCGUAAACGAAAUUGUGAGUGACGAAACAGGAAAUUCGGCCGACCAAUUGUCGGUCAUGGGAUGUUCUUACGAAAAUGAAGGUAAAAAAGACCAGCUGAGAAGAGAUUUUAAUAUACCGAAUCUGAAGUUGUAAAAUCAGUACUUAGGUUUAGCCUUUUAGUUAAUUGUCUGUGAAUGCAUGAAUGAGCUGUCAAAGUAGUUUAUCAAAUCAACUUAGAAAUUGUUGGAAAAAACGAGCUGGAUUUUUUAAGGUAUUGGUCUCUUUUUCUAUUAUUUAGAAAGCCCAGAAGGAUGGAAAUGGGAAGAGAAUUCGGUAGUUCAUCGCGAAAAAUUGAUUAGGUUGCAAGAAUAUGGAAAAAGUCAUCCAGAGGAAAUCAAGGAGGUAAACGGUGUCCGCUUUUGUUGUUCGCAGGUGUUUUUCAUUGGCAAGGGAAGUGAUGGCACUCGAGUCUAUGUAGGAUUGGGGAAAGAUGGAUACGAGAGGGCUGUAAAACGUUUGCCUAGAGAUUUCUGUGUUUGCUUUGCUGAACAGGAAAAGAAAGUUUUGAAUGAAACUAACACAACCCAGUCAAACAAUGUGGUACGUUAUUGGUUUUUAGACGACGAGAGCGAUAAGGACUGGUUAUUUUUAAUUCUGGAUUUAUGCGAGGAAACUUUGAAACAAUUUGUUGAUCGUAGCAGUUUGGACGAUCUUUCGACCAACGCACCAGAUAUAAUUCAGCAAGUUUUGAAAGGAUUGGCUGAUCUCCACCGAGAACCAAACCCCAUCUUACAUCGUGAUUUGAAACCAUCUAACAUCUUGCGAGACGUCCAUGGUAACUGGUUGCUGGCAGACUUUGGAAUCAGCCGAAUUUUGACGGCAGGCUCCAGUACCCAUCAAAGUGAGCAGAGGGGAACGGAUUAUUGGAGAGCCGUUGAAUCAUCACAUCCUUCGAAUGACACGACAGAUGGUGGUAAA